AAAGCCUUCGCCUUUUUCCUCUCGUCUUCCUCUCUCUCCCCCGCUCCAAAUCCCACCCUCUCUCUUUCUCUCUCCACAUUCUCCCUGCUGUGCACCUUGCAGCAGCCUUGGGCUGUGGAUCGGAAAUGGCAAUCGACGAUGAAUCGCCGCUCAGAGUCAACACCAGAGGCGGCGCCAUGGGAGGAGGGGAGCGUGACGGCGGGGAGAACCAGCGGUGGCCGCCGUGGCUGAAGCCGCUGCUGGGGACGAGCUUCUUCGGCCAAUGCAAGCUGCACGCGGACGCGCACAAGAGCGAGUGCAACAUGUACUGCCUCGACUGCAUGAACGGCGCGCUCUGCUCCCAGUGCCUCGCCUACCACCGCGACCACCACGCCAUCCAGAUACGGAGGUCCUCCUACCACGACGUGAUCCGGGUGUCGGAGAUCCAGAAGGUGCUGGACAUCAGCGGCGUGCAGACCUACAUCAUCAACAGCGCGCGCGUGGUGUUCCUGAACGAGCGGCCGCAGCCGAGGCCCGGCAAGGGCGUCACCAACACCUGCGAGGUCUGCGAGCGCAGCCUCCUCGACACCUUCCGCUUCUGCUCCCUCGGCUGCAAGAUCGUCAGGACCUCCGGCGACUUCCGCAUCCGGAAGAAGCACGCCAUCGUCGCAAAGAAGAAGAGGGAGAAGAAGCAUGCGCCGCAGCAGAAGCAGCACAGGGGCGCGGCGGACUCGGCGGACGACGACGACGACGACUCGUCCACCAGCACCAGCGGCGGCAGCGACAAGAGCAGCGUGGUGCAGAGCUUCACCCCGUCGACCCCGCCGGCGACGACCGCCAACAGCUUCCGCGCCGGGAAGCGGCGCAAGGGCGUGCCGCACCGGUCGCCGUUCGGCAGCCUCGUGGUGGAGUUCUAGACAAAAAAAAAGGCGCGCCGCCCGGUCGCGAUGGACGCUCACCAAAAAAAAAACACACACACACAGCGGUACACCACUGUAGCAUACGCACUUCUUCUACAUACCAUUACCAUCUAUAGGUGCUGCCGGAUCGACCGGGCUACAUACAUAAGUACAUAGCCAGCCCAAAAAUAGGAGCAAGCAAUAACCAGGGCCCCAUUUGCACGCCGCCCGCGCUUCUGGACGGACGAGGACGAGGGGGCCGGUGCAAUGCGGCUCGUGCGGGGUACGGUUACUUCCACUUCCAUAUAGCAGUUACUGUGCUGGGUAACAAUGGUUUGGGUUUGGUGCCUCACUGCUAGCAGUUACUCUUGUCGUCGUCAGCCUCAGCUACUACUAAGUUUUGCGAGUUUUACCUAUAGGUGUUUGCUAGUUUUUUUUACCAGUUGCUUGGUAUACCGUAUACGCGAGUAGAAUGUACAUGUACGUAUACUGUCAGAGAUGGGGGAAUGGUGGUAGGGGGUGUAGCUCCUGGUGUAGUGGUGUUCAUAUUCGUGUGUUGCCUUGCUGGCCUGUAAUAAUAAUAAAAAUAAAAAAGGGAUAAGGAUGCUGCUCCUGGAUGGUCUUCGAUGUG